AUGGGUUGCGACAAAAGCGGGUUAGGCUAUGGUGCAACAGUUCACAAGGGACAGGCCUCUACUUCAUAUGACAAGAAGACUCAAGCAAAGAGAAAAUUGAAGGUAGACCAGGCUGAUCUCUCUCUUCAUCCACCAAAAGCUGAUGGCACAUUACUAAAUGUAUUUUGGGCUGAUGCAAGGAGUAGUGCUGCAUUUAAAGAGUUUGGCGAUGUGGUUACAUUUGACACGACAUACUUGGUAAAUAAGUAUGAUAUGCCCUUUGCCCCAUUUAUUGGGGUCAACCAUCAUGGACAGUCGACAUUGUUAGGUUGUGGACUCAUUUCACAUGAAAAUACAGAAACAUUUACAUGGUUGUUUAAGUCUUGGCUUGCAUGCAUGUCUGGAUGUCCUCCAAAUGCUAUUAUUACAGAUCAAGAUAAAGCCAUGAAAAAUGCUAUACAAAUUGUUUUCCCUAAUGUGCGUCAUCGAUGGUGUUUGUGGCAUAUCUUGAAAAAAUUACCUGAAAAAUUGAGAGGAUACAACGAAUUUGAGGCAAUAAAAUUUGGUAUACAGAAUGCAGUUUAUGAUUCCUUAACAAAAAAGGAGUUUGAAGAAAAUUGGAACAAAUUGAUAGAGAAUUAUCAACUUGAAGGCAAUGAAUGGUUAUUUGGAUUGUUUGAGGAUAGACAUCAAUGGGUACCUGCAUUUGUCAAAGAUAUUUUCUGGGCGGGAAUGUCAACCACACAACGAAGUAAAAGCAUGCACACAUUCUUUGAUGGGUACAUCAACUUAAAAACCACUUUGAAACAAUUUGUGGAGCAAUAUGAGAAUGCUUUGGCGAAGAAGGUGGAAAAUGAAAAUGGUGAAGAAUUUAAUUCUCUCAACUCAUACAUCCCAUGCAUAACUCAGUAUCCAUUUGAGAAGCAAUUUCAAAAAGCUUACACUGUUGCAAAAUUUAAGGAGUUCCAACAGGAGGUUGUAGGACAGCUUCAUUGCAAUUUAUCUUUGUAUACACAAGGUCCUAAUUUUUCUGUAUAUGAAGUGAGUGAAGAUGUUCCAUUUGGAGAGAACCUUCGAUUAGCAACUUUCAUUGUCUAUUUUGAUAAGGAAAACUUUGACACAAAUUGUAGUUGUCGACUAUUCGAGUUUAGGGGAAUAGUGUGCAGGCAUCAAAUUGUGGUAUUAAUGAAAGAAAGGGUUCAUGAGAUACCAGACAAGUACAUUUUAAGAAGAUGGAACAAAAAUGUGAAAAGGUGCCAUAGUAAAGUGAUCAUCAAUUAUAACAACUCUUCAAUGUUGCCUGAAACACGUCGGUAUAAUAAAAUGUUUAAUGUCUUCAAUGAUGUGGCUGAUUUGGCAAGUGAUUGUGAAAAUAGGUGUGAUAUGGUGGUCGAACAGUUACUUGAACUAAAAGGGAAAUUGAAAGAAGAAGUUGAAAUUGAUUAUGGAAAUAAUAAGUCUAGUUUUGUGAGUAAUCUUCAUAAUUCAACCACUCAUGGAGAUGGUGUUUCGAAGUCAAAGGAGAGUAGAAUCAUACUUGAUCCAGUCGGUUUAAGUCAAAAGGGGAGGCCACGAUGUAAAAGGAAACAAUCCAUGGUUGAAAAAGUUGUUAACAAGAAGAAGAAAGGAGCAAAUACCAAGAAAAAGACCAUCAACAUCCGAGGAAGUGUAGAGCAAUCCGAGUUUGGUGCAUCUUCAAAUAUAGGACUUGUUGAUCUUGGUACACAAGAGAGUAUUCAAGUGAAUGAAUCUGAAAUAUUGGGUCCAAGUUUAGAGCAACAAAACAUAUUUCAAGAAAACUUGUCAUACCAAGGGCAUCAUCAUCCAUCUCCAUCUUUGAUAUUCGAACAUUCAAGUUUCACAAAAAUGUUGAAUGACAUAGUACAAUCACAGACUAACAAUCCAGAAGAGGACACAAAUGGUAGAAGUUGA